UUGGGUCAUUCAAAACACAGAGCUUUUAAUUUUCAGCACACUAAAUAAAAUGUCUGCUCAAGUUUCUGCAAAUCUUGUUCUAAAUCAAGAUAACAUGUCCAAGGAAAACCGGCGUCUUGCCGACUUCGAUCCCGGCCUGUGGGGGGACAUUUUCCUCUCUUCUCCUGUUGAAAUGGAUAUGGAUGCUAUAACUCAACUUGGGUACGAAGAAUUGAAGGAAAAAGUGAGGAGAAUGCUGGUGACUAAUAUUGCUAAGCCAUCACAAAAGGUGCACGUAAUUGAUGCAGUCCAGCGCUUUGGUGUGGCUUACCAUUUCGAGAAAGAGAUAGAAGAAGCCUUACAAAUCAUACAUGAUCAUCAUUGUAGUCAUGUUCAGGUCGACGAUGAUCUCUGCACUACUGCUGUUCGAUUCCGUCUGCUAAGAGAGCACGGCUUCGAUGUCCAUUGCGAUACAUUCAACAAGUUCAAAGAUGAGAACGGGAAGUUCAAAGAAUCCUUAAUCAGUGAUGUGAAAGGCAUGCUCGAAUUGAACGAAGCUGCAAAUUUUCAAGUGCAUGGAGAGGAUAUACUAGAAGAAGCUCUUUCAUUCACUAAAUUGCAGCUAAAGUUGGCAGAACCAAAGGUCGACUAUCCUCUCUCGGCAGAGAUCGCCGGUGCUCUAAACCGAUCCCUUCGCAAGAGCUUGCCGAGGCUGGUUGCUAGCAGCUAUAUCCCCAUAUAUGAAGCAUAUGGAAACCAUGACCAAAACUUAUUGAAAUUUGCAAAGUUAGACUUCAAAAUACUGCAACAUUUGCACAAGAAGGAGAUAAAAGAGAUAAGCAGGUGGUGGAAAAGUUUGGAUUUUGCUACCAAUUUCCCCUUUGCACGAGACAGAAUGGUGGAAUGUUAUUUGUGGAUAAAUGGAGUUUACUUUGAACCGCAUUACUCUAUUGCUAGAACUUUUAUGACCAAAGUACUAUGCCUCACAUCACUUAUUGAUGAUAUUUAUGAUGCCUAUGGCACAAAUGAAGAACUUGAACUCUUUACAAACGCAAUCAACAGGUGGGAUAUCAUCUGCAUAGAUCAACUUCCGGAAUACAUGAAAAAAUGCUAUACCAUACUCUUGAAUGUUUAUAAAGAAAUGGAAGAUUUGAUGUCGGAACAAGGAAAAUCAUAUCGUAUCCAGUACGCAAUAGAAGCGAUGAAAAUACAAUGUGAAGCCUACUAUGCUGAGUUCAAAUGGCUCCAUGAAAAUUACGUCCCCACUUUUGAGGAGUAUAUGUCUGUUGCAUUAGUUACUUCUACUUAUCAGCUGCUCACUGUUGUAGCAUUCGUUGGCAUGGAAGAUGGCAUUACAAAAGAGACUUUCAUUUGGGCAUUUAAUGACCCCAAGAUUCUUCGAGCUUCAACAAUUAUUUGUAGGCUGAUGGAUGAUGUUGUUACGCACCAGUUCGAGCGAGGGAGAGAACAUCCUCCUUCCGCGGUCGAGUGCUACAUGAAACAAUACGGCGCACCGGUGCAAGCUGCAUACGACGAGUUAAACAAUCAAAUAAAGGGUGCUUGGAUGGAUAUGACUGAAGGGUUCUUGAAACCAACGGCGGUGCCGACGUCGGCUCUUGAUCGAAUUCUCAACCUUUCAAGGGUUCUUGAUCUGUUUUACAAGAACGACGAUGGUUACACGUUUGUUUGUGAUUCAGUGAAAGAUGGCAUCACUUCCUUGUUGAUUGAACCCAUCUCAGUUUGACCCCAACAAUGCUUU